GCCAAUCAGGUGAUGGUAAAGCAUCUUUCCCAUAACAAACAGCCUCUUUCAGCAAACGGUUAGGACAAAGCAUCACUGCUUGGACAUACCUUCACCUUAAACAAAUUUUUUCUUUUAAAGAUCCUGAUAAAGAGCGACAGUAACCAUUUUUCUCUUUUUCUGCCUACAAGAUCAUAAAAAGUUUUGGACUUGAAUAAAAAAAACAAUGAUUCGAGGCAUCUCUGAGAUCGCAGCGAUGUGUGUUGGACUGAUUGGGCUGAUCGGCGCCUCUGCUACGACUGGCUUGCCUAUGUGGAAGGUCACCGCUUUCAUUGGAGCAAACAUCAUUGUGAUGGAGACGCGCUGGGAGGGCUUGUGGAUGAAUUGCUACCGACAGGCAAACAUCAGGAUGCAGUGUAAGGUGUACGACUCCUUGUUGUAUCUGCCCCCUGACCUGCAGGCUGCCAGGGGUCUGAUGUGCUGUUCUGUGGCCCUGUCAGGGGUAGGGCUCUUGGUAGCUCUAGCAGGGAUGAAAUGCUUUUCCUGCUUUCAAGGUAGCAAAUGGGCUAAAACAAUUAUUCUAAUGGUUGCUGGAGCAAUGCAGUUUAUGGCCUGUAUUUGUGUUUUUAUACCCGUGUCUUGGACUGGUCAUGUCAUUAUAAGUGAUUUUUACAAUCCACUGCUGAUUGAUGCCGAGAGAAGGGAGCUGGGAGAAGCUCUUUACAUUGGUUGGGUGACGGGAGCCUUACUUUUUGCCUCAGCUUUACUGUUUAUCUGUAGACGGAUACCCUCAGAAAAAGGGUCAUUUGAUGUAUAUCCCCCACUUAAACUGCUGAAUUACAGGACAGAGGCGAACAGAUCUGCAAUGACAAGCUAUCACCCCGUCUCCAGCAUUCCAAGCAUCCAGUCGAAUGCACAUCAAAGUUCUCUUGAGAUCAACAGCUUGGUUGGGCAACAAAACUUACUUCCUCCACAAAAUGUCCCUCAAGUAAUAACAAGCAACGGAGCCCUGGUAAACCCAACUAUUGUCUACACUCCUGGUCCUCCUGAAAAUGCAUCAAUCCUCUAUGAAAGAAGCAUGGCUCAUCAAUCUUCAGUGCGGAGCUCUCGCCACCCUGGAAGCAUAUACACUCCAGGAAACUCUCCAUAUGCGACCCAAAACCCCACUCUGUAUACAACUUACACCGGCAAUACACCUUCAUCUUUCCAGUCAAGCUUUCAUCCUGUUGCACAAACUCCUGUUUUCAUAGCCUAUAAGGAAUCCAUGGUUCACCCAGAGUCUCGCAGCCUCAGCCACAAUGGAGUGUACAUAUAAAGUAAAGUUUAUAUGUAAACUUAUGUAAACUUGUAUGUAAAAGUAAAGUUCAUAAAAAAGAAAUUUUCCUGAGCUAUAAAUCACUUAAGAUCACAUCACUCUGAUAUGGGUUUAUUUCUUCAAUGUAUCAAAUCUGCUCUUGGGAACAUAAGUCUAUUGUAUUGUGCUUUUUUGCUUUUUCACAUUUUUGAUUGUUUUGGUUUAUUUUAUAUAAUGAAUUUGUAGUAAGAAUGAAAUGAAUCUAUACUUAUUACUGUAAUUAUUUUUGUCAUAACUUUAAGAGUACAGCCUGAUCAAUACUUAUUAUU